AUGUUCUGCCCUCCUCAGUCACCAGGGGACUGCAGUGAGGACGAGGAGAUGAGACCCAAGCCCCCAAAUGCUGGAAUGAUAGGUGUGCACCACGAUGCCCGGUUCAAAGACAUCUUCACUUCUUCCUAUGACUUUGAGCUACCAUCCGAGUGCCCCGUCAUUUCAGUGCAGGGCUCCCUUGAACCCACAUUCUUGCAGGCCCUGGACGCUGGCCCCUUUCCUGAGUCCAGUGGGCUGAGGGCUGAGGCCACUGAGACCCUCCCCAGCCUGGGCAGUUUGGACCUCUGGAUGCGCUGGGGCUCAGGCAAAGGAAAGCCCACAGCGGAGGACCAGGCGGCCAUUAUCAUUCAGUGUGCCUUCCGGCAGCGCCUGGUGAGAAAGGAGCUGGCUCACCGUCAGCAGGAGCGCCAGGAGUACCUGGAGGAGAUGGAGAAGCUGCAGAGAGAGGCCUACCUGGCCCUGGUGCGCCGGGAGCAGGAGGCGGCGCGGCGGCAGCGCGAGCAGGAGGAGGCGGAGGAGCGCGCGUGGCGGGAGGAGCUGCAGCGCCGCCGCCGCCUGCUGGACGCGGCCUUCGACGGGGACCUGGGCGAGAUCCGCACGGUCUUGAAGGAGGUGGAGCAGCUGCUGACCCGCGAGGGCGUGGGCCACGACGAGGUGGGCAAGGCGCGGCGGCUGCAGCGGCGCGUGGCCAUCGUGGAGUGCGCGGACAGCCACGGGAACACGCCCAUGUCCGAGGCGGCGGCGGGCGGGCAGGCCCUGGCCAUCCAGCUGCUGGCCGAGCUGGGCGCCAGCCCCAACAGCAAGGGCGCCUUCGGCCGCUCGUCGCUGUACCGCGCAGCCUUCGGGGGCCACCUGGAGGCCGUGGAGGUGCUUCUGAAGCUCGGAGCCGACCCCCGCGUGUACGCGGACGACGGGAGCACCCCCGAGCAGGUGCGGCUCAGCCCGUCCACCUUCCAGAGCCCGGGAGCCAAGCCCCGAGCUCCAGCUCAGCCCCCUGGAGCUGCCUCAGUGCCAGGGACAGUGGCCGAGUUAAUGGUUUCUGGGGAGGGUUGCUGGGCCGGGGCCCGCUGCCCUCCACGAAGCCCCUUCCUCAUCUCUGUCUUCCGUGGUCGAGUCAACCAGGCUUACUCUGGCCUUGACAUCCCUGUCCUCGCUGUAGCCUCACUGGACGCGGUGGUCAGUGUGCUGCAGUCAUGGGAUCUGAGCCUCACGGAAGCCAUGCUCCAGAACAUGGAGGCGGAGCAGCAGCGCCGGGCCCAGGAGGCCCAGAGGCACAAGGAGGCGGAGGCUGAGGCUAAGCGCCUGAACCUUAAGGUACAGCAGCUGACCAAGGAGCAGCAGCAGUGUCACAAGGAGGGAACAACUCCCGCCCAGCUGCAGCAGGCCUACUGCGAGCUCAACAGGAGGAUCACAGAGCAUAAGUGUGAACGGAAGUGCACGGGGAAGACGGAGGUCACGCUGCAGGCCAUCAAGGACGCAGAGGCCCAAGUGUACAGGCUGCGGCAGGAGGCACAGAAGGCUGAGGAGACGCUGGCCAUGGCCAGGCUAGAGCUUCGGGAGCAGACCCAGGAGGGUGGGUGGGGCUUCAGAAGGGAGCUGGGUGGCCGGAGAGGAGCGGCCCAGGGAGGGAAGAAGAGGAGGUUCCGGCUGAAGUGCCAGGUCACCGAGCUCCACGAUGUACUGAUGAAGGACAUGGGUGAUUGUAUCCGCGUGGAUGGCCGGUCAGUGCUGUCGGGCUGGGUGUGGGUGAAUCAAAGUGCCUUGGACAGCGGCGACCUGGUGGGUGCCCUCAGGUGGCCUCUUGUUAUUGAUCCUUCGGGCCAGGCGGCCACCUUCCUGCGCUACCAGGACACCAACUACGUGGAUACACUGGACCCAGAGCACCUGGGACCAGAGAGGAUCCGGCUGGCUUUGCUGGGGGCACUCAGGUACGGGAAGCCACUGGUGUUUGACCUGCGUGAGGUGGACCUAUUUCAGGUGGUGCAGAGGCAGCUGGAGGAGGUGCAGCCAGGCCUGGCACAGGCGCUGCUAAGCCGUGGGCUGCUGGCACAGGAGGGGUACCUGUCGCUGCUGAGGCCCUCGGACGGGCCAGAGUACGAGCCCGCCCAGUUCCAGGAGGCGCGGCUGGAGCACUUCCGCCUCUUCUUUGUCACCCGGGUUCAGUGGCCGCCUGCGGAGCAGCUGCAGGUUCUGCUACCUGUACGUGUGCAGCUGCCUAACAGAAGUUUCUAG